AUGCAGGAUAACAUUCACAGUUCCAGACACAUGCAGGAUAACACUCACAGUUCCAUAAACAUUCAAGAUAAUACUCGCAGUUCCAGACACAUGCAGGAUAACACUCGCAGUUCUAGACACAUGCAGGAUAACACUCACAGUUCCAUAAACAUUCAAGAUAACACUUGCAGUUCCAGACACAUGCAGGAUAACACUCGCAGUUCCAGACGCAUGCAGGAUAACACUCGCAGUUCCAGACACAUGCAGGAUAACACUCGCAGUUCCAGACACAUGCAGGAUAACACUCGCAGUUCUAGACACAUGCAGGAUAACACUCACAGUUCCAUAAACAUUCAAGAUAACACUUGCAGUUCCAGACACAUGCAGGAUAACACUCGCAGUUCCAGACGCAUGCAGGAUAACACUCGCAGUUCCAGACACAUGCAGGAUAACACUCGCAGUUCCAGACACAUGCAGGAUAACACUCGCAGUUCUAGACACAUGCAGGAUAACACUCACAGUUCCAUAAACAUUCAAGAUAACACUUGCAGUUCCAGACACAUGCAGGAUAACACUCGCAGUUCCAGACGCAUGCAGGAUAACACUCGCAGUUCCAGACACAUGCAGGAUAACACUCGCAGUUCCAGACACAUGCAGGAUAACACUCGCAGUUCCAGACACAUGCAGGAUAACACUCACAGAUCCAGACACAUGCAGGAUACCAAUCACAGAUCCAGACGCAUGCAGGAUAACAUUCACAGUUCCAGACGCAUGCAGGAUAACACUCGCAGUUCCAGACACAUGCAGGAUAACACUCGCAGUUCCAGACACAUGCAGGAUAACACUCACAGAUCCAGACACAUGCAGGAUAACACUCACAGAUCCAGACACAUGCAAGAUAACACUCGCAGUCCCAGACGCAUGCAGGAUAACACUCACAUUUCCAGACACAUGCAGGAUAACACUCGCAGUUCCAGAUGCAUGCAGGAUAACACUCACGGUUCCAGACACAU